CUGCCUUCACAUAUCUUUCACCUUGUUCAGGGUUCCGACUUUCUGUUGUCGUGGUGUAAACCCUGCUGUCCCUCCUCCAUCCCCGGUUUUAGUAUUCUUGAUGCGCACGAUUACUCUCAGCCUCUUCGCUGUCCUCGACGGCCAAGCGCGGUCAGAACACGCUCACGAGUGUUUCCUGGCUCUUCAUCCUGCUGCUGGGCUCUGCGCACGGUCUUGCGCUUCUUCAGUCCUGUCCCACCGCCUGCCUAGUGUUCAGGUGGCGAGCUCAACGGCCUUCGAAAUAUGCAUGCUUCAGCCGUCUAGGAUGGAUCUUUAUCUGGGCUCAGGAGUAGGAGAGAGCGGAGCGACACAGCCGAGAUGAUUUCUGGUGUGUCAGAGACUUUUAUACCACAGAUAUCCCUACCAUAGCCUCUGUCCCUAGAUACUAUGAAGAGCAUCUUACCUCCGUGCGGGGACAUCCGCACGCGUCUCAAGGUACCACUUCCCCACUGGGUUCGCGCAUCCUCGGUCGUUUCAUACGGCAGUCGGAUGCACGAUUUGCCUGCUAUUACGCUGUGGCUAAUACUCUAUCAGUGUCGAGACGCCAUGAUGCUCUUCGUGCCCCACUUCUCAGUUUGUUAUUAAAUCAUGUUCUGUUUACUCUUCUCGAGGAGUGUGUUGAUUGCCCCGUCAGAAUCGAUGUCACUAUGUCCUUGUUGAGCCUAUAAAACUGUUACCAUAUGCUCUACUUAAUGUCGACAUAGGAAACC